GCUGCUGAUUGGCGGGGGGCUGCAAGCUGCGCUCUGAUUGGCCGAGCACGGCCGCGAGCGGAGAAGCUGUGUGUUCGCUCCGUUCGGAUCUCCUGUCAGAGCGAUCGAGCUGCCGGGAAGCAUGGAAGUCGGGAUCUCUCUACCCUGGGCUGGCCUGGCCGCCGUCGCCGCUACCGGAGUCACCGGAGCUUUCAUUUAUAACUUUGGCCUAAAACGUCCUAGUCACGUGAAGGUCAACUGCUGGUUUUGCAAUCAGGACACUUUUGUGCCUUAUGGUAACAGAAACUGCUGGGAUUGCCCCAGCUGUGAACAGUACAAUGGCUUCAAGGAGAAUGGAGACUACAACAAGCCCAUUCCUGCCCAGCACCAUGAACAUCUGAAUCAUGUAGUGUCUGGAGGAAGCCACCUACCUGAUGUCAUUAAACCCCAACAGUGGGUAAACUGCCAGACUCUGCUUUGCAAAAAAUGCAAUGUCAACCAAAACACCAUAAUUAAGCAACUGGCAUCUUUUGUACCAAGAGAUGAUAACCGAUACGAUGAGGAAAUUGAGGUAUAUAAACAUCACUUGGAGCAGACAUACAAACUGUGCCGCCCAUGCCAGGCUGCCGUAGAAUGCUACAUCAAACACCAGAACCGGCAGCUGAGAGCUCAUAUGCUGAACCAGCAUCUGAAACACAGGGAAACAGAUAAAUACCAUAUUAAGAGUUUUGGACCUUCCAUAUCCUGCCAAGUUCCAAUGCAUAUCCUCAUACUUCGUUUAUUCACCUUCUUAAGUUGCCUAUUCCUGCUGUGGCUGAAUGUCUUUGGUCCUGGCGACCUGUUCAUCUUCUCCACGGAAAACACAAAUAUUUCUGAAGAACCAAUUAAAAGUCCAUUGUUGACUUUUUCAUCUGAUGACAAACUUAAUGGCUUCUGGAUGGCAAUAUUGAAAACUGCUAAAAUACUGAAUGAGGCAUGGUGCUAUGGCCAGACUCACCCGAUGGAAGUGGCGUUACUUGGAACAUGUGCCUCUGUUUUGGCUUUUGUCUCAGCCGGUCCAAUCAGGCUGCGCCGAAUUGAUGCUCUUGCCACAUUUCUGUGGAUGAUGGUCGCCUCUGUCUACGUAAUCCAGCGAUAUCUUCUGACUGAAUUUCCCACCCUGGACUCUGCUCGUCUUGGCGUCACGUCCUUGUGCUGUCUGGCCUGCUGCAUAUCUUCUAUGACAACAUACAAGGUUCACAAGAAAAAACAGCUGAGAAGGAUUGUUUCCAAAGAGUCAAAUUGUGAUUCGUUUGUCGGAACUGUUCCAAUCAACCCUGGAGUUGUGCCUGCUUCUACUCCCAUUUUAUUUACCCCACCUGAGCUGCUACUGCAGUUGAUGAAAAAGCAGAAGUAUGAAUCCCAACUGAAGGACACCACUUCCUCGCUGCAUGGUCGUCUGAGCAAAGCCCUCUCUCUGGGCACUAUUCCUUCACUUUCCCGUACAGAUUCAGGGUACCUGUUCAGCGGAAGUCGCCCACCAUCCGUAGCCUCUACCUACAAGGGUCAGGAAUCUGCUGGUUCAGAUUACUACUCCCUUCUGUCAGGUAGUCGUGCAUCCACUCCUCUUCCUUCCCCUACCCCUUCUAUUGCCGGCUCUGCUAUCUCCAGCUCGGGGUCCAUGUACCAUCGAAGACCAUUGAUAAGUCCUGCCCGACUGAACCUUCAUGGGCAAAAGCUUGGACUAUCGCAUACAUCACUGAAUGGAAAUCUAACUCGGAACAGCAGUGAGGAUUCUUCUUGCUACCCUGACAGCACACUCUGCCUUUUGGAGAUCCCACAAUUUGUGACCAAACAUUACUCCAAUGCGAGGAUCCCACCAACAGCUUACAGUGUGUCAAACAACACAGCACUUUACAAAGAGGAGAACUCCUCACAAUCCUCUACAUGCCCAGUGGACACGACGACUGGAUUCAUGGACUCCCCAAAGAUCCGGCAAGGUUUCUGUGGAAUCGGCCUCAUUCAUGGAUUUUUUGUCAUCAGCCUCACCCUUAAUCUCCUCUUCCUGUCUUUCUACCUUCACCCCUUAGUUAUCUCUUUAGUUUAAAGUAGAAAGAUAUAGAAUAAAAUUUUAAAACCUCA